AUGUUAUCCCUUCCAUUCCUCACCCCUCGCGACUCCCACGAGCUUUGGUUCGGAAGCGCCGAAUCAUACCGAUCCUCAACGCCGCAACAGCCCGGCCCCGAUGCAGCCUUGAACCAACCCUCCCGCCGCAAUGGCCCCAACGCCGCCACUCAGCGCGCCUUUAUGCCCUCUCGCUCCCCAGCAAAUAGCCUCGCCUCUCUCCUCGCCGAGGAACGCGCGCUGAGUGCGCGGAAACAGAACAUCGCCAUGUUCGGCUAUUCCUGGAUCCGGCCGGCCGGGUGCGCGAAGACCAUGCUUGGGAUGAAAGAAGAGGAAGCGGAGCGAGAAGAGGCGCUGGCUGCGGCGGCGGCGGAGAUGGGCGCUGUCGAUACGGAAGGCAUGAUGGAUGAUGAUCUGGGAAUGGCCCAGGGCGAGGGCGAGGAGGAAGAGGGCAUGGAACGGGAUUUGGACGAUGACAUUCCGGACGCGGACGUGGAUGUUGAAGGCGAAGGGCUUAUUGAGGAAGGGGAGGAGGGGCUGGAGGGGGAUGAUAUUGGGGACGAGGAGGGGUAUAUGGAGCGGGAUCUAGACGAUGACAUCCCCGAGGGUUAUGCGGACGAUGAUUUCGACGAGGAAGGGUUGUACGAGGACGGGGACUUUGAUAAUCAUCCUGAUCUCGAUGCAGACAUUCCCGAAGCCGAGGACGGAGACGGCAUGACGGAGGGCAUGAGCCGUGACCUGGACGGAGAUAUCCCCGAGGCUGCAGAAGAUGGAUCCGAGCAAGAAGAAGAGUGGCAGCAUACAGAUACUGAGGAGGAACUGGACGACGACGAUGAUGAUGAGGUUAUGCGAACACGCUUCACGGAGAACUUCAGAACCAGCACGCCUAACAGUCGUGGCGGACUACCGCCACCUCUACUUCGACGCGAGCGUGAGACUGAAGCUCAGCGCCGGUUCCUCCAACGAUGGAGCGGCGGCGGGGAUGCCUUUGAUUCGAGUAGUAUGAUGUUCGAAGAAGAUGAUCUUCGUGCCUCAAUUACAAGCCAAAGCAGUCGACGAAGUGGUUUUGGUCGACAAUAUCCUCGACGAGUUGGUGCUCCACGAGAUAGCCUCAAUUGA